GGGGGCCGGUCCUGCCUCGCGCGCCGAAGAGGUUGAACCAUCCUCGAAUAACUCAGCCAAAAAAGCUGUGGAUGUCGACCUCUCGUUUCUGGCUCCGAGAAAGCGAAGCUCAGUACAGGAGGUGGAGGAUGAACUCGAUAAUUUCAUCGUGCCAGCACGACGCCCGGAUCCUGAUGCUGGUGGUGGUUCUAGUACAAGCAAAGCAAAACCAAAAGCGAACACGAGC